AUGGCAACCAUCGAGCAGCCCCCAGCUCAGCGUGCUGCGAUCUUGCGCUCCCGGUCAGCCCGGUUAGCAGAUCAAGCCGCGACAGCUGCCCUAUAUGUGACACAUCCAGAAAGAUUCUCAGUUCGCGAACCAAGAGCAAGAGACGUAGAUCUAUCUGCCCUGAAAGAGACAGGCUCACGUCCCGGCUUCAGUCAUGCUUCUGCGGUAGCCGCCCUGGCGCAUGCAAAGAGCAAACAGCUUGAGAUAGAACAAACAUCCGCUGCAGCGCCUUCUGUUCCAGUAUAUCCCGCGGAGACACCAAGCCAAGAGGGGUACCAAGCUGCGAUCUGCGCCCUGAGAGGCAGCAGAUCAGUCGCGCUUUCCUCUCCCACGCCUUUGGAUCUAAAGCGUGAGAAUUCAACCCCCGGCAGGUUGACAGACGCACGACGAGAAAUUACUGUGAGGGAAAAGGCCAUUCGUGCGGCCACGGGAGCUUUCUACAAUAGUAGAAGGAGGUCAGAUUCUGCUCCUAUCGAGACGUCCUACAGCGCUUCUGGUGCCAGAGAUGGUUUCCUUGACCUCGACAACGCACUGGAGGCUAGCAGAAUACAACACGUUGCAAACGCCAAUGCCCGCCUCUUUACUGCAUCUCCGCCUGUAGCCCGUGACGUGGAGGAGCAGAAAAGGAAGAGUGUUUUGCAGGCAGCUGCAGUUUCCAUGGCGCGGGAAAUGUAUGGCAUUAUAGAAAGUACGGACGAGGGUCAGGUGUCUGCCGCCAUCCCUGCCGCCCAAAAAGGCCAUGCACGCGCACAGUUGCAGCAAACAACCAAUCAAGCAGGCAUCGGGUUAUUGCAGAGGGCAAUGAGCUUGCAAGAGACCGCUCAAAAGCGUGCUGCUGAAAAACUGGCCAGCAUGCAGGAUGAGACUGUCAUCUACCGAGAGUACUAUGGGGUUGAGCCGCAGAAUACGCGUCCCAGUUUACCUCUUCGCAAGAGGAGGGCCUCGAUUGACUCUGACACGUCCACGUUCGAUGCAGAGCGGUCAAAUGAGAUUCGACACCAGAUGACUAGUCUACGGUGGAGACUCGAUAAGGUAGAUGAUCAGCGACAAAAAGAUCGUGCACGGUUAAUGGAAGCCGCAAGGAAGAAUGUCGACGCAGUCAUCCAGGACAUGGAGAUGCGUGCUUAUGCGGAGACUGGUCGUCCUCCCCCGUCGAUCCGGAAGGAACAGGAGGAGGCAGCCCUAGCCCGUGCACAGCAUGAUAUGCAAGAUAUCGACUCGCGACUUGCUUAUAAGGAGAGAGUCAAUCUUGGGGCUCAAACGUACGUUGAAAUGUCCGACGUGGAGGCGCUGGCCCGUUCACGACUCCAGCCAACGUUUGACGAAAUCAAUGAACGUGCAGAGGCACAGAGAGCCAAGGAUGUGGAGCAACGAUUGGAUGAAGAAGAGAAAUUACGCCAUGACGCCGUAGAGCGCGAACGAGAGGCUGACACGAGGGCUGAAGAGAAACGGCAGAGAGAGGCCGUGAAGCAUGAGAUGAAAGUGAAAGAAGAAAGGUCCUGGCCCUGGAAACGGAAGUCAAAGCGAAGUCAAGGCAAUGAUCAACCCAGCGUUAAACAUGAGACCGCAGCAGACCAAACCUGGCUCACGGCUGGGACAGCCGCCGAGGUCACACAGCAGGAGACUGUCCAGACAGACACUGUGAUGGGCGAUAAUGAGGCCUUUGCUUCAGGCGCGGCCGCAGAAUCAACCCGUAACGAGUCCACCUCGAGGUCGGAAUCCAAGCUCAAAACGUGGAUCAGUAAGCUGGGAAGCCGUCGGACCAGUGCCGCAGCGGCAGCAGAAGCGCCAGUAAAGGCUCCAGUAGAGGCAUCUGCAGAGGCAUUCGCGGCAUUCACAGAGACCGCAGAGGCACCCGCAGAAAUAUCAGGAGAGGUAGAACGAGUUCCGAGUGAGGCCGAAGAGGUGAGGCCGACCUCGAAAGAUGAUGCACGGGCUGCCCCCCUCAGAUCCCAUCCAGUGACGGCUAAUGAUCUAACCGGGACGCAAGGCGAGACGGUCGAUCAAACCCAGCCCGAGGAGCGGCGAACUGGCGACGCACGGGAAGUCGAGCAGGGCUCGGAGGCCAUUGGCGACAAACGGUCUCGGCUGAAGUCGAGGUUCUCCAAGAUUAUGUCCAUGGGCUCGCAGGAGUCCAAGACUAGCGGGGUUAUACCGCAUGACAAUGAGAGUCAAAGGGUCGAACACACUGCCGCUGACGAGUUGCACCACGUUCAAAGUCUUGAAAGAGAUGAGUUGCGCGAGAGUGCCGCGGAACAAGGGCUGCCAGCGCCUCCUGCCAUUGGGAAACGACUGAGUAAUGGCACGGGCCGUGAAUCGCGAUUCUCGGAAGACUUGUGA